ACAUCUGGCAUGAUCCCAUGAACUUAGACUCGCCUUUUGAAAACGGCAGUGUAUAAGAUAAACGCUGCUUUAUACGUACUUUCCAAUUACACAUCCAAACGGCUGUUCAACAAUACGUACAGAACUCCGGCGAACUAGGAAAACAACAAUGCGUGUACUUAUCUUUAUCCUUGGAUUAUCGUCUGCUUUAGCAGCUCUUGACACCACUGCGGAGAUCCUGGCGGCCGUGGACAAAUCUUUCAUCGGUGCGGAUGGUAACCAUGAUGGAUUGCUUGAGCUUGAUGAACUCCUACAGUCAUACGUUCAUGUGGAUGGAAAUGGGGACGGCAGAAUCAGCGAGAACGAGUUUGAGUCACGCUCCACGAAUCAUACUUACACAAGAGUAGUUUUCAUGAUGCUUGACUAUGACGGUGACGGUUACCUUGACACCUCUUCUGUUUAUGGACAGUACUCUGUGAUGGAUUCCAAUGGGGACAAUGAAGUCAGUCGAAGAGAAUUUGACGUUUAUUAUUCCAAGAUUAUGAUAGACGCCAUAGACACGUACGGCUAUUUGGUAGACUUACAACCUAUUCAUCAAUAAAGCCAACGUCCGCCUGCAGUUUCCUGAUCCUUGGUGUGGAUAUAAUAUGUACACAUAAUCUUAUUAACAAACUUAUCAAUUAUU